AUGAGUGAGGUGGUUUGUAAGUCCCAGGAGGAGUAUGAGGACGACUUUGAGAAGGAUCUGGACUGGCUGAUCAGUGAGGGGCAGGGUCCUGACAUUGAUGCCCCAGACAUUGAGGACAAAAUUGACAAAGAGCUGGAGGAGGAUGAGAAACGGCAACGAAGGAAACGGAAGGAGAAGAAAGGCAACAAAACCGAGGCGGUGGAAGAGGAUGAAGAUAGGUGGCCCUCACCUAUGGAGCCAUUGGAGUACGACUCUGACAGAGACAGCCCCAAUAAGUCAUCACCUGUAGUACCACCCCCUCCAGGGGCGGAUGAGCAGACAGACGAGGAGAAGAAGUACAUCCUGGAGAAGAUCCAGCAGGCAAACCGAGAGCUGCAGGACCAAGAAGCUCCAGAUAUUACCAGGCGCCGGCGACUGCAUUUCAAAGAGACGCUGGUGGACAUGGUGGUGCCUCCGCUGCAGUUUGAGAAAAAUGGCAAAAGUGGUGAGGUGGAAGGGGGGAAGGAGAACAAGGACAAGAAGGAUUCAGAGGCAGCGACUGUGUCAGGGAAGUUGUCUGAGCUCAAACUUUCCCCCCGGGAGGAGAAUGUAAGGUCUGGAGGACCUGGCAGGGCUGUGGAGAGCAGUGAUGGAGGGCAGGGGAUGAAAGAGGGCAGAGUCCUUGUUGAAAAAGAUGGGAAGUUUGACCUGGUCAGCUUGAAAGAGAUGGAGAGUCAAGGACUUCUCCCUCCCAUCACAAGCAACUACAGCGACUAUUCACGUACUUCCCCACGCCUCCAGGAGCAGACUGUGAGCUCCAGGAAGAGCCACAGCUCCACCUCCUCCUCUCCUCGGUCUCAUUCUGGCUCUUCCCCUUUCAAGAAUGGCUUCGAUCCCCUCCGGGCCCCGAGACCUCCAGUGCAGCCCCGGAGCAGGCCCAGCUCAGCCAACCACAGAGGCAGCCAGAGGAGAGGCAUCAAGCGGCGGGUGCAGUCGGCCACCGGGACCCCCUGCCAGGCCACAUACACCCUGUCCCCCCAGCAGAAAGAGCUGCUGCACAGGAUCCAGGAGAGGAAGGAGACGCUGGCCAGAGAGGCAGAGCAGAGGAAACGUGAGGAAGAGGAGCUGAAGAGGCAGGAGAACGAGCUGGCGUUCAAAGCCUGGUUACUGAGGAAAAGAGAGCAGCUCCAGGAGGAGAGAAGGAUCCUCCGAGCUCAGGAGAUGGAGAGGACCAAUUCUAAGAAGGACUCCUCACAGGGCGACUCGGAGGAGGCGUUCAAGCUGUGGCUGCAGAGGAAGCAGGAGCAGCAGCAGAAAGAGAAGCAGCUGGUGGAGCUGAAGAAGCUGGAGGAGGACGAUAGUUACCUCCUUCACAGCCGAGAGGAGUGUGAGCGUGCCUUUAAACUGUGGGUGAGACGAAAGCGGGCGGAGAAGCGGGUGGAGCAGCAGGCAGCUCGGGAGCAUUCUCGCAGGUUGGUGCUGGAGGGGCGGCGAGCACGACGCAUCCGGGACCUGCAGUGCACCGUCAACGAAUCCAAGUCCUUCAGAUUCACAGAGCAGCUGGUUCACCACUUCUGA